AUGGCAAUGUUUCCCACAAGCUCGCUGUUAGCUUGCUGCUGCUCCCCACCACUCCCAAGGCGACUCUGCACUCCACGCCUGCAGCGCGGCCUCACCUCACCGUCGUCCUUCCUCUUCCUCCAUGGCUCCGCACUUGCCAUGCCGGCCUCCAUGAUCUUCCGCGGCCGCGCUCCGCCGCAGGCCAUCAUGUCCGUGGAAAGGGAGUUGCACAUGGCAACCGGCGACGGAGAGAACAGCUACGCCGCCAAUUCCAUCUUCCAAAGGAAGACGGUAAUGGAGACGUGGCCGGAGCUCCACAAGGCCGUCAGAGAGGCGCUCAAGUCGCUCUCCCCCGGGGCUGGGAGCACGAUGGUCGCAGCUGACCUCGGAUGCUCGUCGGGGCCGAACACGCUGCUCGUCGCCUCCGAGGUGAUGAACACGAUCGGCGCCCAUGUCCAGGAAACGGCAGAUAACUAUAGAAGCCGCGCCAUCAUGGAGAUCCCUGAGGAUCUCUCAAAUGGAACACAUGUGAAUGCUGACAACAUCUACAUUGGGAAGACUACUCCAAAAGUUGUGGUAGACCUGUUCCGGGAACAAUUUGAAAAGGACUUUGAAUUAUUUUUGUCACUAUGGCACAAAGAACUUGUAUCAGGUGGCUGUAUGGUACUAACAUUUGCUGGCCGGAGACGGGAAGAGAUGCCAAUGCAAGGGGGCGUGGCACGCGUUUGGGAAGUUCUUUCCCAAGCGCUCGAAUACCUAGUCCCCAAGGGCCUUGUGGAGAAGGAGAAACUAAGCUCCUUCAACAUGCCAUACUACGCACCAUCACUAGAUGAGGUGACACAAUUGAUAAAGCAAAAUGAUCUAUUCGACAUCGAAGACAUCAGACUCUUUGAGUCAAACUGGGAUGCCUACGAUGACUCAGAUGGCGAUGUUGUUCUCAAUUGUUCCAGUAGCGCAGAAAACAUUGCCAAGAUUAUAAGGGCUGGUAUUGAGCCACUGAUCAUGAAUCAUUUUGGUGAGGAUAUCCUUGAGGAACUAUUCAUGGUGUAUGCCUCGAUGCUUGCAAAGAACCUUGAGAAAGGGAAGGCCAUGUGCCCUGUCAUUGUGGUCAUAUUGAAGAAGUCCGAGGUUUGA